UGAGUGAGGCAAAGGCACGGUGACGUGAAGGAGGCCGAGUCGUGGACGUCCACAGUCGCUGUUAGUGCUACAAGACUGGAAUUACUCUGAAACAUUAAAGACACGCGCACUAUGCUGAAGCAUUAUCCUGUUUCUAAAGGAGGAGACGCAAACCUGUCGCUCUGACAUCGACCUUUACCGCCGGAAACCCGUUAGCUGUGACAGCUAACGCAAGCUAGCUCAGUUAGCUGUUACAUACCCUCAUUUUUUUUUCCACGCAGCUGACCUCCACCACAACACCGCCGUGCUGAGUAUCAAUUGCUUGCUAGGUUGGGGUCCCGUGUGGUGCCCCGUGGACGGUUCUCGUCGAAUAUGAUACAUAAUGAGUCAAAGAGAUACUUUAGUUCAUCUGUUUGCUGGAGGAUGUGGGGGCACGGUAGGAGCCAUACUGACUUGUCCACUGGAAGUAGUGAAGACGCGUCUGCAGUCAUCCUCCAUCACCCUCUAUGUGUCUGAGGUUCAGCUCAGUACUGUCAACGGGGCCAGUGUGGCUCGCAUGUCCCCGCCAGGGCCCCUGCAUUGCCUCAAAUUGAUAUUGGAGAAAGAAGGACCUCGCUCCCUCUUCAGGGGUUUGGGGCCAAACUUGGUGGGUGUGGCACCUUCCAGAGCAAUCUACUUUGCUGCUUACUCCACUGCCAAAGAGAAACUGAACGGAGUGUUGGAACCUGACUCCACACAGGUUCACAUGGUCUCGGCUGGAAUGGCAGGUUUUACAGCCAUUACAGCAACCAAUCCAAUAUGGCUCAUAAAGACCCGUCUACAGCUGGACGCCAGGAAUCGAGGUGAGCGAAGGAUGAGUGCAUUUGAGUGUGUGCGGCGGGUUUAUCAGUCAGAUGGCCUACGAGGCUUCUACAGGGGUAUGUCAGCAUCCUACGCCGGUAUCUCAGAGACUGUGAUCCACUUUGUGAUCUAUGAAAACAUCAAACGGCGCCUCUUGGAGGCCAAGGCACCACAGAACAUGGAUGAGGAAGAGGAGGCAUCCAAAGAUGCUUCAGACUUUGUGGGGAUGAUGCUCGCUGCUGCCACCUCCAAGACCUGUGCCACGACCAUCGCUUAUCCUCAUGAGGUGAUCCGCACCAGGCUACGUGAGGAGGGCACUAAGUAUCGCUCCUUCUUCCAGACUCUAACAACAGUGCCCAAAGAGGAGGGCUACCGUGCCCUUUACCGCGGCCUCACCACCCACUUGGUACGACAGAUCCCCAACACCGCCAUCAUGAUGUGCACCUACGAGCUGGUGGUCUACCUACUGAACGGUUAAAGUCUUCCCCCUUUUAGAGAUUACAUGUAACCCUGCCCUUGUUUGGAGACGUAGAAAAGAGAAAGAGAGCAACUGCACACCAGCUAGCACAACAACCCGCUCGCCUGAAGAGGACAGAGACGGCACCGUGACCUUUGUCUCAGUGACACGAGUGGUUGUUAAAAAUAAGUAGGGAGAUUUGUUUUAUGACCAAAGGGUCUGGCACAAGGAGGAGGAUUAAAACGAUCCUCCUAUUGAUUUGGGAUCUGGGUUAAGCAGUGGAAUUGAAAUGGUUGCCCUCCCUCACUUUACUCUAUUGAAAUGUUAUUUUCAUUUUUAUUCCAUCCUAUUCUCCCUUUUGGUUAAAUACGUUGCUUGUGCAAGCUCUGAUUCAGAGUGCUGAAGAAAGAACCUGAGUUACAGUAUAUUCUGCCUCUAACAAUACUAAUGAAAGAGAAGUACAUUAAUUCUAGUCCUUAAUACCUAGUGGAUAGAAGACCCUCUCCAGCUGUAGGCUUUGCUGUCACGGUUAUGAUCAGUUUUUAAAAUAUACUAGUAUCAUGCAGUGUCCCCUGCAGCCCUAAGAGUACCACUAGAGGUCCAACUGUAAAGAUGCCAAGAGCCAGGAGCUACCAUGCAUCCUUUGAGCUGAAGUAUCUGACGAGGGUUCUGAAGUUUUUGAAAACAAGGAGCAGUCAGUGCUUGAGGCUUAUUGAGUUUUGAUAAACAGAGGGAAAAAGGUAGAGGGAGGUAAACGUGCCUUGUGUGAAAAUGUGAUGUAGACUAAGAUGCACAAUGGCUGUAGGAGGAAGUGGAGCUCUGGUUGACCUGUCAAAGUAUGCUACAAAAAGUGUAGAAAUGUAGUUGAACACUGGUAUUGGGUGAUUUCAGGCGCCCAUGGAACCCUUAGAGAACCUCUUGCAUAUUGUGAACGUACAGUAGACACACCCACCCAAGGGUUUUAUAACCCUACUGUUCGCAAUUUACAUGCAUUUACACUAAAUACCUACGUGAAAGCCUACCUAUGAAAACAGCUUGCUUAUUUUAAGUGAAGUCUGCAUAAUGACAUUGACCUCUGAACCUGUACGUGUUAUGUGGAAGAAGAUUAGUCACUAAGGUCAGACAGAGGCUAAAACAUCACCAAAUUAAACCAGAAUAUGACCCACCUUUCUAACUACUGCAAUGUAAAUAAACAGGAGAAAUAACCUUACUAAAGGCAAGGAAGUAAAAACACUGACCCAUGAUGUGAAUAUAAAUGAAUAAAUAAAUAAAAUUAACAAACUUUAACAAAUUGUACUAUUGAUAGAUAUAUUAAAUAGGUAUGCCUACAUAACGUGAUUGUGAUUGUUGCAUUUGUCUGUCCCGUAAUGACAAAUGCCGUUUCUUAAGAGGAGAGGGAGAUUUGUUAGUUGUUACCUUUUCUCAAACAACGGUAUCGUUCUCAUAGCACUUUUCAAUGUUUCUCUAGAAUCCUCAUCUCAUUCGUUUUCCCUCAGUUGGAGAAUCCAGGCUAGUUUUACAGGCGAGGACAAUCCUCCUGAGUUUACUCUGGAAACUUGUGGUACAGUUUAGACAGUAUGUGGAGGAAGUGGGCAAGAAUAUACUCUUCAUAAACGCACAUUAAUUAAAUACAGACCAGUGUGAAAAAUAUUGUUGUUGACCCCCCGCCCCCCCCACACACACACACCUUUUGAUUAUUUGGUUAUUCACAAACUCUAUUCACAAAACUACUACAUUUCAACUAUUUUAAAAACUGACACAGCUUUUUGUUUUUUUGAUCAUCAGUGUUUUAUGUACUUUGAUGUCCUUUUAUGGAAUGGAAAGGUACUUUUUUUGCUUCAAACAGUGCAAACAACAAGAAUGGUGUUUUGCUGUCACCUCAUUUAUCCCCAGUAACCAUAGAAGUAACUUCCCUUCUCACGACACAAGAAUCUAGCCUCUUUAUAAUGUGUGCAUUUUGUCUCAAGUCAUAAACUUUAAAGGUGCAGUGUGUAGAAUUUAGUGGCAUCUAGUGGAAUGGACUUGGCAGAAAUGUAAUAUAAUAUUUAU